AUGAGCGAUACCAAGGCCCGUGGGCCAGUUGAGGAACUCAUCUCCAAGCGCCUGCGGCCGCUCAACAAGAAGAUUCAACGCUUCAAGGGGUACACCACCAAGCCAGAGGCCGAGCUGAACGACGACCAGCGUGCCGGUCUCGCUUCGCUUCCGCAGCUCGAGGCGGCCGUCAAAGAGCUCGAAGACCUCUCCCGUGCCGUCGAGGAUGCCGAGCUCGUCGCAGCCGCCAAGAUCCGCGAAGAGCGCGAAGCCGCCGACCGCGCCUUCGACGCGCGCGUUGCAGCUGCGACCGCCUCUUUCCAGCUCGCCGUCGCCGAGCGCCUCGCCUCUUUUCUCUGUCUCCACACCCUCCUACGCCCAGCCCGCCCCGACGACCACGAGAACCUGACUUUUGCGCCCCUCGCCCUCCCCCUCCGCCUCCAGGAUGAGGUGCGCGCUACCGACAUCCUCCGCGUCGCUCGCAUGUACGAUGACCUCACUACGGGUGGAGACGCCGGACAUGGUGUUUUGGUUUCGCUUUCCGUUGGUCCUAAUGAGAACGACGAGGAGGACGAGCGCGUCCAUCACCUGCUUCAUCUCCUCUCGCAGGAAGAGGAGGAGGAGGAGAGUGUCCCCCUCGAUGAGCAGAGUAAUGUGCCCGAGGCUCCGCAGAGCGUUGCCGAUACGCUGGGGACUUCAGAGGAUUCCGAGUUUGAUCCACAGCGCACGCCUGUUGUUAAUACUGCUAGCCUGGGACAGCUUGACGAGCCGGUGACACGGGGAGUCGCGCUCAACUUCCUCCAGGAGGACGAGCUUGCGCCUGAGCCGCACGACUUCGAGGUCGAGGUGGAGACGCCUAUCAGCAAUGUGGUGUCGUCGCGCCAGUCAGUCACGAUGGACUGGGCCGACCACGAUGACGACGACUCUGCCGCGCGCUUCGCAGCGGCAAUGGGUACUGACCCGGAGGCCGAGGAGGAGGACGAAGCCGAGGUGACUGUCCAGGUCAUUGUCGAGACGCAGGAGGCCGAGGUUAAGCCCGACGCCGACGCCGAGCCUGCAGCCGUGCCUGAAGCUGAGCAAGUCGCCGUAUCGGCCGACGGCGAGCGCCGGAAGCGCAAGCCCAGACCGCGCAAGAAGGAGGACGGCGCGGGCGGCGUGGGCAAGGGCAAGCCCGUCGACGACGAGGGGUUCGAGGUCAAGACUGCGCGGCGGGCGAGUACGCAGCGCGGGCGUGGGCGUGGACGUGGGCGUGGGGGUGCUCGCGAGGGUGGGCGUCAGGGCGAGCGCGAGCCUCGUGAAGGAGGCGAGCGGCGUAAGACUGAGAACAAGGAGGGCAAGGAGAAUGAGCAACGACGCGGUCCGCGCAAGGACAACGCGCCCAAGGAUAAGCCCAAGGAGACGAAACCCAAGCCGUCAAUUUACAAGGCCGUGCAGCCUGGCGCGCCUGUUUCGGUGCCCAUUCUGUGA